GGAAGCCAGGCUCAUGGGGUCUGCUGGGGGCAUGGCAAGUAGAACCCUGGCCCUGUGUGAGGUGAGGCAUGGUUGCCGGGUGACUGUGCCAGGGCAGCCACUCGCCAUCAGAAGCACUCUGCUUGCUGUGCUCACCCCUCAGCUGUGGCCACCCUGGUGCCACUCCUUCCCUGGCCACCAUGUCACGGCAGCUCAACAUAGACACAUUACGGCAGAACUUCUGGAAGGAGGAAUAUCUGAGGGAAAAGAUGUUGCGCUGUGAAUGGUACCGCAAGUAUGGGUCGAUGGUGAAGGCCAAGCAGAAGGCUAAGGCUGCAACCCGCCUGCCCGUCAAACUGCCCACCCUGCACCCCAAAGCCCCACUCUCACCCCCACCCGCCCCCAAAUCAGCCCCUUCCAAGGUGCCCAGCCCUGUCCCAGAGGCUCCUGAAAAGGAGAUGUCGGAAAUGUACCCGAUACCACCUGUCACCCGAGCCCUGCUGUAUGAAGGCAUCUCACACGACUUCCAGGGGCGCUACCGCUACCUCAACACUCGAAAACUGGACAUGCCAGAGAUGCGAUACCUCUUCCCCGUCACCACCAGCUUCAUGUAUGGCUGGCAGCUGGGCCCCCCAGUGAAGCAAGAACUGGUCUCCUGCAAGAUGUGCCGCAUUGAGUCAUUCUUCCGCAAGAACGGGGCCUUCGCACUGCUUGAUCCCCGAGACCUGGCCCUCUGACCGUGGGCCAGGUGUGGGCUUAGGGGAAGGAAGAAGAAAUAACAGGCCUCCUGGUGGGGCAAAGCUGCUGUGUGUGACUGUGCCCCUCUGCUCUCCCUGGCUCUGAGGCUGCAUUCAGGCCUUUCUGAAACUAUCUGACCUGCAAGUUGCCCUCUUG